CUAAAUCUUUACCAUUCUUGCCACUUCCUCUCUGUUUUAACACAAAGAGAAGAAAAAUACCAGCAUGGAUUCCUCCAAAUUUUCAGCUCUCCUCAUAGUUUUCAUGCUUUUGAUUUCCUCAGCCAGUCCUAUAGUUGGAUGUGGCUCCUGUGGCAAGCCAAAGCAUAAGCCUAAGGGAAAGCACUCAAAAUCCCCCAUUACUCUUCCUCCAAUUGUUAAACCACCAAUCAACUUGCCACCAGUCACUGUUCCCCCCAUUGUAAAGCCGCCUGUGACACUCCCUCCAGUCACCGUUCCUCCAAUUAACCUCCCUCCAAUUACCGUUCCUUCAACGACUAAGCCACCAAGUGCAAAGCCAUGCCCACCUCCACCAGCCACUUGCCCUAUUGACACAGUUAAGUUGGGCGCCUGCGUGGAUCUUCUUGGCGGAUUGGUUCACGUGGGUCUCGGUGAUCCAGUUGUUAACCAGUGUUGCCCGGUUCUCAAAGGACUUGCUGAGCUUGAAGCUGCAGUCUGCUUGUGCACCACACUCAAACUAAAGCUUCUUAACCUUAACAUUUAUGUUCCUCUUGCUCUUCAGCUCCUUGUGACUUGUGGGAAGACUCCCCCUUCUGGUUACACUUGCACUCUUUAGAUUCAAGUCUCCAGAAUUGAUGGUUUUUGGAGGGUGAAAUCGACAUGAGAGGAUGUCGAGCCUCACCUUUCUUUCUCUUUCUCUCUAAUGGCAUUGUCAUGUUUGGCAUUUUGUACACCAUCUAUUUUUGUAAGAUUGUUUGCAUGUGUGUUUUAUUUAUUGAUUAAUGUCUUUUACAAGGAAGCAUUAAUCAAUAACGAUUUUCUAUCUUUAAUUAACUUUAAAAUUAAUUUGGUAAA